AUGGACGACGAGGAGGCAUUUUUGUAUGGCACGGCGGAGGAGCCUAACCCUGCUACGGCAGCUCCUUCAGCGGGCGCACUGCCAGACACGCAUGUAACGGCGGAAAAAGAGGGCGAGGGAGAAGUAGAGGAAGAAGAGGAAGAAGAGGAAGAGGAGGAAGAGGAGGACAGCGAAUCGGAUAUCGAGUUUAUCACUGAUACCAAUGCGCCCGCUGCUCCACCACCACGCACUGUGAAGUAUGCCACCGGCGCAGAGGCCCUACAAACACCUGCACCUGCAACAGCAGAACCCGUUGCGGUGCCAGAACCAGUGCCGACCGAGCCCAAACCGCCGACGGAAGCGCCCGCCGCGGCGCCAGUCAAAGCACCAGUGCCACUGGGCACACCGAGCACUGUGCUACAGCCACACACGACCACAGAGCUUCCGCCAGAAGGUUUGCCCACGGCGGCGCCCACGACUGGUCCGACCCUGGAUCUCGAUCCGAGUACCACGGCAUUGCAAUACCCUCCCACGGAUCCCAUAUACGAUGCACGUACCGAACAAGAAAAAGCCAUUGAGCCACCGCCGCUGACUAUAUACCAAGUGGAUAUUGACUCGCUCCCCGACAAGCCAUGGCGCCGCCCAGGGGCCAACUUGAGCGAUUAUUUCAACUACGGAUUUGACGAAACGACGUGGGCCAUGUGGUGUGCCAAGAAGAACAUGAUGGACCAAGCGCGUACAGAAUUUAGCGCCAUUGCGCAGGAGGAUGAGCACGAAAAACCGUUUCAGCCCGCCGAUGAUCCAUCGAAUCCAAUGGCGAGCUUGACGGCCAUGUUUGCUCCGCCCAUGAUGGGAAUGCCGAUGCCGCAAUGGCCGAUGAUGCCUGGCAUGGUGGAACAUUCCGGCAUGGGGCAGCAUCCCGGCAUGCAGGAGCCUAGCAUGGAAGCGCCGCAGGAACAUGUGGAAGUGCCCCAAGACGCACACGCGACUCAUUUCAAAGGGAGUGACGCGGAGCAAGAGCCCAGCAGGCACCAUCGCAACAUGCGUGGCGAUGCACACAGCACAUCGCGUGGCAACGUGCAGCAUCGCCGUCGCGAAGAGUACGAGUCAGAUGAGUACGAGCCUUCUUUGCGCCACUACAUUCCGAAACACGGUGCCGGAGAUGCGCUCGAUUACGGUGCAAGCGCACCGCAUCCACACGAAGAACAUCAUGCACGGCGGCAUCAUGGGCAUGCACCGCAGCGCACGGAUGACGAGCGCAGCGCACACGAGCAAGAGCCUCGCCACAGAGGCCACGCACGGCCAGCACGGCGUGAUCGCGAUCGCCAGCGGUCCGAUCGGCGUGCUGGCCGUGGUGGUCAGAAACGUAAUGCACCAGAGCCUGGGGAAGCCGAGCACGACUACAGCAGUGCGAAGCGAUUCCAAGGCGGACGCCGCGAUCCGUAG